CCAAAGAAGAAACAACAGUUGUCCAUUUGCAACAAGCUUUGCUAUGCAGUUGGGGGGGCCCCCUACCAGGUGACGGGCUGUGCCCUGGGGUUCUUCCUGCAGAUCUACCUGUUGGAUGUGGCUCAGAAGGAUGAAGGGGUCACCUUUUACCUGUUCCCCAUUCCAGGUGGACCCUUUCUCUGCCUCCAUCAUCCUAUUUGUGGGCCGAGCUUGGGAUGCCUUCACAGACCCCCUCGUGGGCUUCUGCAUUAGCAAAUCUUCCUGGACCCGCCUGGGCCGCCUCAUGCCCUGGAUCAUCUUCUCCACACCCCUGGCCAUCAUUGCUUACUUCCUCAUCUGGUUCGUGCCUGACUUCCCACAGGGCCAGGCCCUGUGGUACCUGCUUUUCUAUUGCCUGUUUGAGACACUGGUCACGUGUUUCCACGUUCCCUACUCAGCUCUCACGAUGUUCAUCAGCACAGAGCAGAGUGAGCGGGAUUCUGCCACUGCGUAUCGAAUGACCGUGGAGGUACUGGGCACCGUGCUGGGCACAGCGAUCCAGGGGCAAAUCGUGGGCCAAGCGGAUACGCCUUGCCUCCAGGACCCCAAUGGUUCUGCACUGGCUUCGGAAGGUACCAAUCACACACAGAGCGCCACCUCACUCAAAGAAACGCAAAAUGCAUACCUGCUGGCGGCAGGAGUUAUUGCCUCCAUCUAUGUCAUCUGUGCUGUCAUCCUCACCCUGGGCGUGCGGGAGCAGAGAGAACCCUAUGAGACUCAGCAGGCUGAGCCGAUGUCCUUUUUUCGGGGCCUCCGACUGGUCAUGAGCCAUGGCCCAUAUGUCAAACUUAUUGCUGGCUUCCUCUUUACCUCCCUGGCUUUCAUGCUGGUGGAGGGGAACUUCGCCUUGUUUUGCACCUACACCUUGGGCUUCCGAAAUGAAUUCCAGAAUCUGCUCCUGGCCAUCAUGCUCUCGGCCACAUUCACCAUUCCCAUCUGGCAGUGGUUCCUAACCCGAUAUGGCAAGAAGACAGCAGUAUACAUUGGGAUUUCAUCAGCAGUGCCAUUUCUCAUCUUGGUGGCCUUCAUGAAGAGUAAUCUGAUUAUCACAUACGUGGUAGCCGUGGCAGCCGGCAUCAGUGUAGCAGCGGCCUUCUUACUACCCUGGUCCAUGCUGCCUGAUGUCAUUGACGACUUCCACUUGAAGCAGCCCCAGUCUCAUGGAACUGAGCCCAUCUUCUUCUCCUUCUACGUCUUCUUCACCAAGUUCGCCUCUGGAGUCUCAUUGGGCAUCUCCACCCUCAGUCUUGACUUUGCCGGGUACCAGACCCGUGGCUGCUCGCAGCCGGCACGUGUCAAGUUCACACUGAAGAUGCUGGUGACCAUAGCCCCCAUAGUCCUCAUCCUGCUAGGCCUGCUGCUCUUCAAGCUGUACCCCAUUGAUGAGGAGAAGCGGCGGCAGAACAAGAAGGACUUGCAGGCUCUGAGGGAAGAGGCCAGCAGCUCUGGCUGCUCUGACACAGACUCUACAGAGCUGGCCAGAAUCCUCUAG